AUGCCAAAGGAGAGCCUUAAUGCCCAACCGCACAAUCCCUUCGAGGAAGUCCAAUCACCUUCUCGUCCCUUAUCCUCCCAUCAUCAUCACACAAGAAGGGACGAGGGCAGGGAUACGAGGGAUUUUGUGAGUCCUCACAUACUCGAUGGCCUGACCAACACCUUGACUGGAUGGGGAUGGAUGUCCCCGGAACGUGAAGCUCGUCCUAAUUCGGGAAGGACCUUAUCAGGUCAAUUUUCUACAACUGUCCCGUCUGCUGAAUCGAAUCCGGCGCAAGGUUUCAUGGAGAAAAAUCGCAUUACAACCGCUGCAACCGACAUAUCAUUUGCAGGAGAAUACGGCAAAUUCAGUAAAGUUCUCUAUUAUGACGACUCCAAUACCGUUCAGCUGUACGAAAAGAAAGCCCCAAUUGAGCAGAUCAUACCGUCAGGGAUGUCUCCACAGAAACCCGGUAUGCUGACCAAAUUGCGACGGGCUUCUACAGUUAAAACUGUGAAAGAACUCUAUGCUGUCAAGGUAUUUCACCACGCCAAAUCGACGACUCCAUUCCCGCCCCGAAGUCAAGGCCGUUCUUCUGCCCUAUGUCACCCGAAUAUCAUCCCAAUCAUCGACAUCCUUUACAAUGAGCAAAAGAACCUCUGCCUUGUCAUGCCAUACUGUACUGGCGGCAGCCUCCACUCCUUUCUUUUCCAAGAAGGUCCACGAAAAGAAAAGAUUUCGACCGAAGAGAUCAACUGCUGGAGUAUUCAAAUUUUUCGUGCGGUGGCAUUCUUACAUGAGAACGAUAUCGGUCAUGGUGACUUGAGGCCAGAACAUAUACAGUUCACGUCUCAAGGCGCGGUCAAGGUAGGUGGGUUUGGGGAAGACGAAGAAUCAGUUCGAGAAUUGGUUGAAUUAUUAUAUGGGAAUAAUCACAAAUCCUCUACUUCCGAGUCUGGACCCAGCUUUGGUUCGACUCCAACUUCUAACUACAAACCAAAGAUGUGUAUUCGGAAAAAGCUCUCGGAGUCAAGUGAUCCUUAUCUUCCCCCGGAGAGGUUUUCCGAUAGGCGUGAAUCUCGCCGUCAAAGCUAUGCACAUCACCAUGGCUCCGAUAUUCGAGCAGGUGAUGUAUGGGCAUGUGGUAUACUCUACAUGGCUCUAGUUUCUGGGAGGCUUCUCUGGCAUAAGGCUCAGAGAGUCAAUCCUGAAAAAUCCUUUGCCGAGUACCUUAACUGUCGUCUCACGGUUGAUGGAUAUAGUCAUAUACAGGUCCUAGGAAAUGCUGAAAGAGAGAAAAGUGUCUAA